CAGGAGGCCGAAGCAGCAGCAACCACUUGACACACCACCUUUGACCGGUGUGAAUGUGAUGCCAUCACAUGUUUUCGCUGCUGCACAGGUUCACUGAGGUUCGUGGACGAAGCCGAAGCUUUGCCGCUUUGUUGCUCGAACCACCUGUUUUCCUCCCGAUAGCUGGGAGGGCAUGCGCACCUUGAAGCCUGAUGGCCACGAGUCCGCGAAAAGUCCGCGGCUGCUUUUGAGAGCGGUUUUCAUUUGCGAUCGUGAACUUCGAGAGUCACUUUCCGACGGUUGAGCUACCCAACCUCAAACAUAGAUUAUACAUUGACAUGCAGGUCUCUUUUUUGAUUUUAUUGAGGCGAGCAUUUGACAGCUCAAGAGUAGUAGACACCCUAGGCCCUAGGCUAGUGCUUUCGAAGAGAUAUGCCCAGCAUCGGGGGUGUGGAUGUCCCGAACUGGUGCGUGGCGGCUGGGGCAGCUGUUCUUACACCCGCUGCCGUCUAUGCCUACCUCUUACGACAGGGCCGAGCACGUCAAGCCUUCUUUGCUGACACACCUCAGCCAAAAGAGCCAGGACCUAUCUUCGCUGGCAUUGUUGAGUUGGAAAAGAUCCAAGGUCAGAGACCCAUUGAGCCUGUGAAGAAGCACUUCAAAGACUUGGGCCUUACUUGGGGGGUACGCCUGCCCGUGUGGCUUUUUCCCAACAUGGAGUUCAUGUUGUUCACGGCUGAUCCUGCCAUCAUUGGAGAGAUUCAAUCCAAGAAGGAUCUCUUCCAUUCGCGCCCCAGCGGCACCGGCUUUGACACCACCAUGCCCAAGGGCCUGCUGGCAUUGCGAAAUACGGGUCCGCAGUCUUCCUGGGCUUUGCACCGUCGUUUGGUGGCGCCGUUGUUCAGUGACAAGUUCUUGGAGGGUUACUCGUCCCAGGUCUCGGAGAAGGCGGACAUGUUGCGCUUCGUGCUCAACGCCAACAUCCAAGAGGGAGAGGUGGAGUGCGACAUCCAGAAUUACAUGAAGUUUGUGACCCUCGACGUCAUCGGCAGCAUUGGCUUUGGUUUCAAUUCCAAGGCGACGAUGACACUUCUUCCAGAACAGCAUCCCAAAGCCUUGAGCAAAGCGGAGACUGAGAGGGAGCUUUCGUUUUCCGAUGCAGGCGAAUUGCUGCUCUUUGAGACGCAACGGCGCACGGGCGAGCCAUCCUUUGCAAAGUAUUGGCCUCCGCGCUACAUGCGCUGGCUGAGUGUGCAGAAGGUCCUUGGCAAGCGCGUUGAUGAAGUCUUGGAAAGCGGCACCGUUGACAAUUCGAGGCUGAACAUGCUCAAGGCCUUGCAAGAUGCCCAUGAGGAAGGUCGAAAGAUGAGCAAGGCAGAAUUACGAGAUGAAAUUCUCACUUUGCUGAUGGCCGGCCACGAGACCACAGGCUAUACAACAUCAUGGGCACUUCUGGAGGUGGCUCGCAAUCCUGAGGUGCAAGAAAAGAUUCUUGCAGAAGCAUCCACCCUUGAUCUGGACAACAUGCAAUUGACACAUGUUCAGGGCUCGCUGCCUUAUACCUGGAUGGUGUGGCAGGAGGCUCUUCGCUUGCACCCCACGGUCAUUGGACAUGUACGCCAAGCGGAGGCUGACGUGACACUGGGUGGGAAGUACUCAAUUCCAAGGGGUACUUUGCUAGUGAUCAGCCAAUUGAUGCUGGCACACAACGAAGACACGUGGGGCAGCGAUGUGAUGGACUUUCGUCCUGAGAGAAUGGAAAAGGGUUAUCCAGACAUGUACCUCCCAUUUGGCUUUGGUGGUCGUGCGUGCAUUGGCAAGAGGCUUGCCUACGUGGAGGGUGUCUACUUGCUGGCGUUCAUCGUGAAGAACUUCAAUCUCCGAAUCCAGGAAGGAUCGCCAGCUCCUACGCCAAAAGUGUCAAUCACACAAUCCUCGGAGGAUGGAAUCAAUUUGUUGAUGUCCAAGCGCCGUCAAUAGAUAGCACCUCGUGCUGUUUGCUGAGAUCUCCGGCUUUCCCAUACUUUUGGACCAGUUCAAGGGUUCUUGUCCAAGGCUUUGAAGUGUUUAAAACACUUCAGUCCUGGUGGGCGCUUUGGUUUGCCGAGUGCGACCGCCAGUUAGUUAUGGCAUGUUUCAUCGCAGACUUUUCCCGGGCUAGCCGCAGAGAAGUUAAAAUAGGCGCCAACAUCAAUAGGGAAUGGACAUGAACGGAAGAGGCUUUUUUCUCAUGGCUCCCAGUCAAGUCAAACUUGUGAUGCAUACCGAGCCUGCCCCGCUGGUGGAGCUCAUGAUGAACAGAAGCAGCGUUGAAAGUGACCACUACUGCUUUGAAUCGAUUCUGCACAAGCUCAGCCGCCCAGAAAAAGAACGGCAUGUUUGAAAGCGAGUGGCUUGGUGCAAGUGGCUCAAUACAGAUGUCCAACUUGAAGUGUCGUAGAUGUUCUGUGAGUUGAGUUGAUUUCUGACAUGUUCUGAUGUUUGCUUGCACUUCUGUGGCUCCAGCUCACUUGUGGCCGUGGCCUGGGGUCAGAACCGAAGGACCCCCCGAAGGACGUUCACUCUGAGCCUUUCUAUGGCCCCAGUGACCUUUUUC